AUUCAAAGUGGAUUCGCUAGAAACGCGCCAAUUUUGUGCGCGAUUUUCCCAAAGAGCGCUCACGUGCGCGUUAAGUUUUCCGACAGUUUUUCUUCAUCGAGUGUUUUCCUUGGGAUUAACUGGUAUUAAUUCCCUCCCGUAUUUUUUUCUACGUGAUCAGCGUUAAUUUUUUUUUCUGUGGAAUCUAGUUAAACCGACAUUAUAAGAUAAAGGAAUAUGGGCGAAAAUAAAUUUCUGUUGAGGAGAUGUUGCUGUUGUGGUUCUUUGAGGACAGGGACUCUUGUAGCAGGAAUAGGGGCUAUUAUCUUGUCAAUAUUCACCAUAAUAAUCAUUGUCCUAAAUAUGCUAGGAAUCAUCAAUGUCCAACUUAGAAUGAUAGUUCUAGAUUCAUUUCUUUCAGAAUUUGUCAUUCAGAUAAUACUAAUAGUUAACCUUUGCGUGACCAUAAUCCUUUCAAUACUUUUGAUAGUGGGCACAAUCAAGAGGAACUUUUACCUGAUGAUGCCAUGGGUUCUUCUGGGAGGAAUGCUGAUUAUUGGUCUUUUGGUCUCUGUUAUUAUUACAGCCAUCAACUUCUACACGAAUGACGAUAACCUUAAUGGAACGUUAUGGUUAAUUUUAGGACUUAUAGCUUUCUGUAUAUAUACGUAUAUGUGGUUAGUGACAUACAGCUUCUUCUACCAGAUCUGGCAAGAGGCAAGACGAGGAGCUUACACCAAAGAUCCAUUCCGCAGAGGAUGGUAAAAUGGAAUACCUUCCUUCAUUAUGCACCACAAGAUAAAGUGUAAAUGCGUUCUGUGGUUGUACGAAACUGAAUGUUUAUGUCAAAGGAAUAUUACAAAUUCCAUUUACAGUUAUAUCUAUAACUUACUGAUAUUUGUGUAUUGUGUGUAUAUUGACUUGCUCUCUACUCUAUUGAUAUUUAUAUAUUUUGCCAUAUUUAUUGUGUAGUUAUGUAUAAAACAUAAAUGUAACCAGUCUGUAAUGGUUUAAAUGUUUUGUGACUCUGUAGUUAUUAUUUAUUUUCUAGAACAAAUUUGCCAUUGUUGUACUAAACUAUUAAAUAAUUUUAUUUUAGUAUA